UCUGUUACCUUGUUACCCUGUUACCUUGUUACUCUGUUACCUUGUUACUCUGUUACCUUGUUACUCUGUUACCUGGUUACCUUUUUACUCUAUUACCUUGCUACUCUGUUACCCUAUUACCUUGUUACUCUGAUACCUUGUCACCUUGUUACUCUGUUACUCUGUUACCUUCUUACUCUGUUGCCUUGUUACCCUGUUACCUUGUUACUCUGUUGCCUUGUUACACUGUUACCUUGUUUUUCUGUUAACUUGUUACUCAGUUACCUUGUUACCUUGUUACCUUUUUAUUCUGUUCCCUUGUUACUCUGUCACCUUGUUACCUUGGUACUCUGUUACCUUGUUACUCUGUUACAUUGUUACUUUGUUACCUGUAUACUGUGUCACCUUGUUACCCUGUUGUUUUGUUACCUUGUUCCUCUGUUACUGUUUCCUUGUUACUCUUUUGCCUUGUUACCUUGUUACUCUGUUUCACUGUUACCGUGUUAAUCUGUUACCUUCUAAUCUUGUUACUAUGUUGCCUUGUUACUCUGUUAUUCUGUUAGCUUGUUUCGCUGUUACCUUGUUACCCUGUUACAUUGUUACUCUGUCACCUUUUUAUCUUUUUACUCUGUUACCUUGUUACUCUGCUACGUUGUUACUGUGUUACCUUGUUAGCUUUUUACUUUGUUACCUUGUUACCCUUUUACCUUGUUUUUCCCUGUUGCCUUGUUACCCUGUUACUCUGUUACCUUGUUCCUCUGUUCCUUUUUUACUUUGUUACUCUGUUACCUUGUUACUCUGUUACAUUGUUACCUUGUUACGCUGUUACGUUGUUACUUUGUUACCUUGUUACGUUUUUACUCUGUUACCUUAUUACCCUGUUACUCUGUUACCUUGUUACCUUGUUUCUCUGUUACUUUCUUACCUUGUUACUCUGUUACCUUGUUAGUCUUUUUCGUUGUUACCUUGUUACUCUGUUACUUGGUUACUGUGUUACUCUUUUUUGUUACUCUGUUACCUUGUUACCGGGUUACUCUGUUACCCUGUUGA